GAAAACAGUCUGAGAUGCACUAUAAUUCAAAUUGUCUCUCAAUUUUUUUUUUUUUAAGAAAUACUUUCUAUCAUUUGCAAUUGUUCUCAAAAACACUUUCCAGACAUCCCUUUUAUUUUCUAUAAUUUAAAAGCUAAAUGCAAUCAUAAUCAAGAUGCAUUGAACAUAUUAUCUGUCAUGACAUCAUAAACAUCUUAUAAUGCAUAAUUUGAUACGGGCACUAUAUUGAAAAUUGGAGUUCAUAGUUAAAGUCCAAUGAACAAUAAUGUUUAGACAUGGGCCACACCACACGGCACACAAUCAAGUUAAGAAAAGAUAGGGAUAGAAUAAAAAUAGAGUUAAGAUAGUAACAUAUCCAUGCACAUUUGAUUACUAUUUAAAAGGUCACUCUUUUUGAAGAGUUGUUCCCAAAUCACAACGGACACAUGCCUAAAGUCUUGGAAUAUGCACAAACUAAAUUCAACUACAGCUUGAGUUUAUGCAAAGCCCCAAAACAAUUUUUGAAAAAAGAGAAACCAAGGAAAGAGAAAGUUAAACAGCAACAGCAUCGCAUUCAUUGGCAUUGGUUUGAGUAUUUUUUGGUUUGGAGGUUCUUCUUUGGCCCCAUCUCCUCCCCCCUCGAUACCCUCUACCUCUUCCCUAAAUCCUUUCUCACAGACAUUUUCACAAACACGCGGACUUCGAGACGCACAGCAAGACAAGUUCUAUCUUAGACUUUUUCUCCUUGUUAAUGAAUUUUCAUCAAAUCUUUCCCUCUCUCUCUCAAUCUAUCUCCAGCGUCAAUUCGAUAUAUAUAUACAUAUCAGAGAAUCAUAGGGUUUUACUUUUACCUAGCAAUUCCUAACUAUUUCUAGAGCUGAAACAAAAGAAUGCAUAAUCGCAUACCUGAGCGGAAUGAGAAGAGGCGGAAGUUCUUAAUCAAUGACCAUCUCGACAUUCUGAUAGAAAUCCUGAAGCGGCUGGAUGGACCGUCGAUUGGCGUGGCGGCGUGCGUCUGCCACCUCUGGUGCACCAUCGCUCGAAGCGAAUCGCUGUGGGAACACCUCUGCUUCCGGCACGUGAGAUCGCCGCUUCCUUCGUCGGUGAAGUCCGUGGUCGCCGCCCUGGGAGGGUACAAGCGGCUGUACAUGGUGAGCAUACGGCCGGUGCUGAGUCGACUCGGGUACUCGGACCUGGUGAGGCGAGUUUGGACUCAGGACGAGGUCCAACUUUCGCUGUCUCUGUUCUGCGUGGAUUACUACGAGCGCCUCACAGGGAGCGGCAGAAUCGGCGGCGAUGCGUCCGCAUUGUCCCUCAUGUUCCUCUGCAACACCGUCAACGUCUGAUUUCAUUUCAUCUCCACCGUCCUUUUUUUCAUACUUCCUCCACCGUCUGAUUUUGUGAUCAAUCAUAAAAACAAGCUCCAGCGUCAGCGAGGUGAUUUUAGUCAAAGGAUUAAGAUUAGCCUGGUAUGAUUAUUAUUCCAAUUAUACAACGAUUUUAUUAAAUAAAUAAAAAACAGAAUUAUUAUUUUCUUCGUUU